AUGGCGGACAUGCUUGCUGGUUUUGACGAGUUAAUAAAUUCUGCUAUUAGCGAAUGUGAUAUCGAUUCUCAGAGUAUUCCAUUGUUAAAUGUUGAAAAAGAACACAUAGAAGCUAAUCUUCUAGAGAAGUUGCCAGAGGAUUACUGUUAUAAGUUCAAUCUUUCAGUUAUUAAUGAACAGAAAUCGUCCUUCCAAACUGAAGACAUAACUACCGAAAAUGUUCAUCCCUGGUUAUUCGAAAUUUCAAACCAUCAAUUCUAUCACUCUGAAAGUAAAAACAAAGAAAAAGCCAACAACAGGAUAUCUUAUCCAGACUUAUUACCGGUGUCAACAACACUAGACGAUGGAGCCCAAACAAAGAUCCUCAAAGAAAACUACAGACAAAUCCAGCAGCCAGAGUGAAAAAUACGAACUGUCCUUUCCAGUUGAUUAUAAAGAUAAAUACAAAUGGCAUUUGUUUUGUAGACAUUGAGUGGGCACAUAAUCACAACACAGUGAAUCUUGAGGCUUCAAACUUUAAAAACAUUUCAUCCUGCACUAUUGAAAAAGUAAGGAAAUUGUAUGAAGAUGGAAAUACACCAUCCAUGGCCAGACAGAUCUUUCUUAAAAAUCUCAAAAAAUCCUGCAACGAUGAGAUAACCUAUCAUGUUAUGAAAGCAGAUAGAUCUGUCACACCUAGAAGAAGGGAUUUUAACUACCUAUAUAGUCAGUACACAAAGGAUGAGUUUGGUGGCAAGAAUGGAGAGAUGUUUCAAAGGCUGGAAGAGAAAAUGGAGGAAUAUCAGCAAAACAAUCCAGGUAUGUGCUAACUUAUAAAGCUAUGUUUACAUGUUGCAAUUUGUCAAGCUGAUUUCAGGUGCACAUUCAUGAUAUCUGGCAAAUGUAGUCAUGAAAUGAUUAACUGAAAUAUUUUCCAGUAGCAUUUGGAAAAACCUAAAAUCAGCCCAACAAAUCGCAGUGUGCAAUGCAUGACAAUGACAAAUUAACCUUUACAAGAUAAUUUAAAAGCAAGGAUGAAUUUUGAGAUUUUGCAGCAAAAUCUCAAAAUUCAUCAUCCUCGCUUUUAAAUUAUCUUGUAAAGGUUAAUUUGUCAUUGUCAUGUCCAUCUCCUGUGCAAAAUUUCAGGGGGGUGCAAGUUGAAGGUACAGAAAAAUGCAUUGACUAUCGAGUAUUGAAGCUCCUUAGCCUAGCUUUUAAUUUGCGAAAUACAAUUACAAUCAGCAAGCUGCAUAAUUUUCUUGGGGGAUGCAAAUUUCUUUCAUGGGAGUGGGGUGGGGGUGCAAGUAAUUUCUGGGGGAGUAUGCAUACCCCCUGCAUCCCCAGAAAGUCCAUCUAUGCUUAAAGUAUAAAAUGUGUAGAGCUUAUUAAAACAUGAUAAGAAUGUUAUAUUAAUAUUUUUCUAGAUGCAUCACUAAAGUAUCAGGUGUACUGUGGUGAUGAAAUGCCCCUUAUUAUCAGUGUUGUCACACCUCUAAUGAAGCAAGUUCACAAGGAAGUGCCUCAGUGUGGCGAGCUUGUAUUUGUUGAUGCCACCUCAAAUACAGAUGAGCAUAACCUGAAAGUUUUCUUGUUGUGUACACCUAAUGUAUCUGGUGCACUACCCUGUGGCCUUGUCAUAACAAGUGACGAAAAAAAAAGCACGGUGAAGCAAGCAUUUCAGAUGUUAAGUGAUUGCCUUCCUGAGUAUGCUUUUAAUGGUCGUGGUCCCACUACAGAUCCUGAGGUUAUUCUUACAGACAACUGCCUGGAAGAUGUAUGGCCAACUGCAACACUCCUGUUAUGCAUUUUCCAUGUUUUGCAGCAAGUGUGGAGGUGGAUUGUUGAAAAAGACCACCUUGUCAACCAGCAUGAUCGACCUGAAGUCUUCAGCCUUUUCAAAAAGGCUUUGUAUGCAAUGACUGAAGAGAGUUUUGAUGACUGUUAUGAAGAUCUUUUGAGUGAUGAUGCAUGUAGCAAGUAUCCCAACCUUUUACAGUACUACAGAAACCUUUAUGUGAUCAAGAAGGACUUUGCCCUUUGCUUCCGAUCUAGUAUGCGUGUCCGAGGAAAUCAAACUAACAACUUUGUAGAAGCUCAGUUACUGGUGUUGAAAGAUAUACUAUUAAGAAGAGUGAAGGAAUACAAUGUGGUUGGAUUGUUUGACAAACUGACUGCUGACCUGGAAAACCAUUUCAAAGACAAGCUAUUGUCUAUUGCAGAUGGGAGUUUUGAUGGCUACUUUAGGCGCCGAUUUCUUGGUAAAAACAAGCGGAAAGUAGAUGGUGGACAAGGUUUUAAAAUUCCAACCCAACAGGAACAGAAAACAUACCUUGAGAAAGUCAUUACAUAUGAGCAUAAUGUAUUUGAGGUUCCCAGUUUAUCAGAAGAGGAUAAAAGGUACUGUUUGGAAAGCAGUUUUAUCUUUUUUUUAUCUAUGCCCCUCAAAACUUUAAGCACCCUUAUACUGCAGAGGGCAAAAGGUAUUGCCCAGUGCUCAUGUUUUUUUGGGGCGGGGGGGGGCUGGUGGAAUUUAGUGCACCCCCUGAAUCUUAACCGUUGAACUUGUGAACAAGUUGUAACAGUGGUGACACUAAGGGGGUUGGGCCAAGGGGGGUGCUUGCCCCCCUAAUAAUCUCUUAGCUGUGUGAAAAAGCUGUAUUAACAAGAUCACAACCACAAAAGCCUGAUAGGCUUAUAAUUAAAGUAAAUUUGCAUGAAAUUUAGGCAAAAAAUUUGAAAGAACUGAUAUUUGCCGCAGUAGAAGAGUGAGAUAUGUUGGCAACUUAAGUUCACACCCCCAAUAUUUCACGAAGUGUCCGCCACUGAGUUGUAACAACCUUGUUAUGAGACCAGUCUGGUUAUAACAAUAUUGUUCCAAGCUUGUGUUGUCAAUCUUGUAACAUACUUGUUAUAUUAUGGCUGCAUCGAUCAGACAUGUUAGACAGAACAAACUUGUAGCAAGUCUGAUAAUGCCAUCGAUCUUGAUAUAAGUUGUUAACAGCUUGUUCCAACGACUUGCAACAAGCACUGCAAACCCAACUUGAUUGCAGACUUGUUACAAGUUGUGCAUUUUUACCCAUGUAAUUAUAAUAAUUAUAUUUUUUCAGCUAUUUUGUAGAUAUGUCAAUUGGUGUUUGCAGUUGUGUCAUGGGGAGAGAUGGCAGCCCUUGUAAGCAUCAGUACAUAUUGUGGGCUUCCAAUACUGCCAACUGUAUCAAUUUUGUCCCUGUCUCUAACCCACAGUCAAGACAAAAGCUUGCAUGGAUUGCAAUAGGCCAAACCUUGCCCAUUACCUACUAUACAAAUCUCCGUGCUAAAAGCAACAAUGCUCACAGCAUUGAAGCUGAAGAUCAAUCACAUCAAGUUAAUAGUUUGGAACAACCAGACUGCCAAGAAAUAAGCAUGGAUGAUUCCAUUUUGGUGGAUACUGAAGAGAGAUUGGAACAAGAGCAUAUACAAGAAGGUAUUACAGCAGUAAAUAGAGCCUGUGAGUCAUUGGUUGAGAAACUGAAGUCUACAGGUGACAAGAAUUUGUCCAAAGGUAUGAAACAGUUCUCAGCCCGUUUGAUGAAGUUAAGCAGUGGAAUGCCUGGGAGCCUAGUAUCUGCACUUUUCAACUUUGGCACUGAUGAAUUGAGAAGUACCAGAACUGGCAAAAAGAUUAAAAUCCAGCCUGGCAGAAAACGAAAGUCAAACAAUGGUAGCCGUCAAGCUGUCGCUAAAGGAAGGUCAACAACUCUUAAGUGUUUAGAACCACCAAGAAAGCGUGCAAAACGUCAGCACAGUCUUGCUAUGGCAGUGAAGGAAAAUGUACCUCCAAGCAAAAAGUCUGGGUCACAUGUGAUGAGAUCAAAAUGUUAA